UCUCCGCUGCUGUAGCUGGACCCUCCGCCUUCGCCAACGCUCAGCAUCUGCACAUCCCUACAAUGGCUAAAACAGCAAUGGAGACCUUUCAAAAGAAGAAAUUUAGGUUGACUCCAAACUGAGUAACUUAGGACUUGCCAAGAAACCCCACCCCCACCCGCUACUGGACUAAAAUGAUCAAUGAUUGCAGCCUACAAGGAAAAAAUGAAGGAGCUGUCCAUGCUGUCACUGAUCUGCUCUUGCUUCUACCCGGAACCUCGCAACAUCAACAUCUAUACUUACGAUGAUAUGGAAGUGAAGCAAAUCAACAAACGUGCCUCCGGCCAGGCUUUUGAGCUGAUCUUAAAGCCACCGUCUCCUAUCUCAGAAGCCCCACGAACUUUAGCUUCUCCCAAGAAGAAAGAUCUGUCCCUGGAGGAGAUCCAGAAGAAACUGGAGGCUGCAGAGGAAAGAAGAAAGUCUCAGGAGGCUCAGGUGCUGAAACAAUUGGCAGAGAAGCGGGAACACGAGCGAGAGGUCCUCCAGAAGGCUUUGGAGGAGAACAACAACUUCAGCAAAAUGGCAGAGGAGAAGCUGAUCCUGAAGAUGGAACAAAUUAAGGAAAACCGUGAGGCUAAUCUAGCUGCUAUUAUUGAACGUCUGCAGGAAAAGGAGAGGCAUGCUGCGGAGGUGCGCAGGAACAAGGAACUCCAGGUCGAACUGUCUGGCUGAAGCGAUGGAGGGUAUGGCACGCCCCACCAUUAGUAAAUCCCCCUGCCUAUAUUAUAAUGGAUCAUGCGAUAUCAGUAUGGGAAAUGUAUGACAUGGUUUAAAAAGAACUCAUUAUAAAAAACAAAAAACAGAAUCAAAAAUAAAAAAAAAAAAUCAAUGCGGUCUCUUUGCAGAAUGUUUUGCUUGAUGUUUAAAAAAUACCUUGGAUCUUAUUUUGUAAAUACUUACAUUUUUGUUAAAAAAUACAAGUAUUGCAUUAUGCAAGUUAUUUCAUAAUCUUACAUGUCCUGUAACAGGCUUUUGAUGUUGUGUCUUUCCACUCAAAUGAAUUUGCUAGGUCUGUUCUUUUUGAAGCUCCCCAUGUCUGACUCCAUUCCCUGCCCUUUUCAUUCCAACAGAAAAAUGAGGUCAAUAGACAGUCUUUGGUGCUAGAAACCCACCAUUGCCUACUGACCUAGACAGCUUGGUAAUCUCUGAACUUGACUGAGACCAUACCUAGAUCACAGGUAUUACAACUCCACACAAAUCACCACAUUUGUCCGCUCAUAAUCUACUGACUGCCUAAGAACUACAAAACCAGGCUAAGAAAAACCACUACUCGUAGCAUUUACUUCUGCUUCUACUGGAUUAUGUGCUACAAAUGUGCUUUGGCUUUAGAAAGGGAUGGACGAAAAAGACAGAUCUGAGAUCAAUCUGGGUAGAAGCAAAAAGCUGAACCUUUUAAAGUGCUGAACACAGAUCCUAACCCAGAUGGUUCAAGCAGCCGUGAAAUCGCUUUUCAUGAAGUGGGCUUAUUCUCUAGUUUAAGUUCUUUUGAUGGAAUGAAUUAAUGUGUCAGGUGGCUUAUUUGUGGAUGCCAUGAUUGAUGAUGUUCAUUUUAAGCUCUUACCUAUAGUACAAGUACAUGAUGCUACUGAAUAUUUUUCCACUUGGAAACUGUGAGCUGAUUGUUGCAUUCAAACACACACGCAAACAAAAUCAAAAACACUGCGGACUUUCACUUAAGCUGGUCUUUCUUCCCCAGUGUGAGGCAAUCCUGCCUAUUUAAAAAAAUAUUUAUAUAUAUUACUCCAUCUAUGAGGGCUGAUGCAGUCAAGGGGGCUAAGCAGGGCGUUUGUGCCAACUGAGAGAAUCAACAGAUACCCACCAUAAGUACCUAUCGCAGUUUUGAAGUCGUUUCUCCCCCAACUCCCAACUCCCGAAGGUUGCUGCCUGCAUAUUUACUCUUCAUUAGUGCUAUUUUCCUGUAUGUCAUUGUGAGCAAGCUGUGAUUAAUAAAGAAUUGGAGUUCUGUGAACUAA